AUGAUGGAUAAUUUGGUGAAUAAAGGUCAACAGAGUUGGGCCCCUGCAGACGGCGGCAGGCCGACAGUGGUGGUGGCAAGUGGCCGGGGGCGCUGGCGGCCAGCGACCGGCGGAGGUGGGCGGUGGGCGGUGGGCGAUGGGCGACGGUUGCGACUGUGGGCACCGCCGGCCUGUAGUGGCGGUUGGCCGGAUGUGGACAUUGACAUAGUAUACUUGCCUUAG